AUGAACUAUCCGCCCAACACUCAUCAGCAAUAUCCAACCGGCAGCAGUGGUAGUACAAAUCAACAACAGCAGCAGCAGCAACAAUCACCUCAUCAACAUCAGGUGCCUGUUCCUUCAAUGGUGAUGAAUAGUAGUAAUAAUAUUUCUAAUAAUAAUUACGGAAGUCAAAUGAUGAUGAAGCCUUCCCCAUUAAUAGAACCUCCUCCUCUUGAAACUCUAGUGUAUAGCACGGAGAGAGCUGGAGGAGAGGAAGCCUUGAUGAAGCAAUUUGCUAAUAUCAAAUUGGUUGAUAUGGACAAGUCACUAUCGGCUCGCUUGAUCAAUAACAAUCUCUUUGCAUCGUCUAAUAUUCCAGAACAACAACAUUAUCAACAACAAUCCAAUGCAAUUUAUGGCUCUACGAUGAUAAAUAUUGGUAUGAUGAAUCCAAUUACUUCCUAUUCACAAACAACUCAACCUCCCCCAAUUGAAAAGCCACCUCAAUUCAUCUAUGAUAAGGCUCAUUUUGGAGAUCUCUCUUCUUCCAAUAUACUUGAAAAGACAACAUCAAGUGCCUACACUAGUGUAUUUUUCCAUACUCCAUUGGGAGCUCUUCCUCAAAAUAAGACUACUGUGUACAAGUGGAAUGUCAAGAUUAACACUAUCAAAUCAUGGUUAGCAAUUGGUGUUGCUCAUACUCACAUUGGAGAUGAUCAUAAAUUUGCUUUCUCUCCGUAUGAUGAACAUGGGGCUUAUAUGCUCUCUGCAAAUGGAUAUAUUUGGAAUAGACAACUUGCAUCAACUAACAAGUAUGAAUAUGUUGCAAAUUCCAACUUUGUAGCAGGUGAUUUAAUGUCUCUUGAACUGAAUUGUGGAAAGAGAGAAUUGGUAAUAUAUAGAAAUAAUGGAAAGGUAGCUACCAUCAAUGAUAUUCCCCUACCAGUUUAUCCAUCCUUUAUGAUGCACGGAAUGGAAUCUGUAGAAUUUAUGGGAUUAACAGAAACUCAAUCAUCAGUACAACCAGUCAAUGUAGAUUUUGUAUGUCAUAGCUACCACAUGACUGUUGAGGGAAAAAAGCUAACCAAAAAGACAAAGGAUAGUUAUCACACUAUAUUCUUCAAGAACUUACUUGGUGAUGCAAGUAAUUAUGGCCUCUUCAAAUGGAGAAUUAAAAUUCUUUCGACUACCUCUUGGAUUGGUUUGGGUGUAGUUGCUAAGGAAAUUGCUCAAGGCCGAUUCCAUAAUCUUUCUCCAUACGAUAAUCAUGGAGGGUACAUUUACUCACUCAAUGGAUAUGGAUGGAGUGCAUUCUAUGAGGGUACAAACAAGUAUACUAACUGUGGAGCUUCUUGCUCUGCUGGAGAUAUUAUUACAUUGGAGCUUAAUUGCGCCUCAAAGGAGUUGACACUCACAAAAGAGGGUAAAAAUUUAAUCACAUUCAAACAAGUACACUUACCCGUCUAUCCUUUUGUCAUGAUGCACGGAAUGGAAUCUGUAGAAUUACUCGAUUUUCAACAAGAAGGUUCCUAUUCCAAUCCAGAUGCCUACAAGUUUGAAGGAGUUCUUGAAUUCAAACAUAAUCCAGAAAAUAUUGAAAGUGUAGGAUGUAAAAUUAAAAAGUUGACCGAUACUGGAUACUCCAACGUGUAUGUGAAUAGAGAGUUGAGUUUGGAACAUAUUAUCAAGAGAUACAAGGUUAAAAUUAACAAGUUGGCAAAUUGGGCAGGUAUUGGUAUGAUUAAAAAGGAAAAUGUAAAUUUGUCCACUUAUCAGUCCUAUUCACCAUAUGACAAUAAUGGAGCCUUUAUAAUUUCUGCCAAUGGAUAUGUUUGGGAUGAUAAUAUGAAAGAUCCAAAAUACAAGCUUGUAGAAACGGCUAAAUUUACUGAGGGAGAUGUCAUUAUUAUCGAAUUGAAUUGUAUUACAAGAGAGUUGAACUUUUACAAGAAUAUAAUUACCAACAAGAUGGCUACUAUUGAGAAUGUCUCACUUCCAGUUUAUCCAUUCCUCAUGUUGUAUGGUAAGGAAGAGGUUGAAUUUUUGGAAUAUUUGGAAAAUACCAUUGUUGAUACUUCUUCAUUGAUACACAAACCUCCAUCCUUCAAAUAUUUACCAUCAUGCAUUUCAGUGAAUGGUCAUGUUGUGACUAAAACAAAUUCAGGUUCCUAUACAAAUGUUUUUGUCAAUACUCCUCUAGGCAAGUUGAAUCAAGACUCGAGCAUUUUCAAAUGGCAAGUAAGAAUUCUUUCACUCUCAUGGAUUGGUCUCGGCGUUACAAGAAGAGAAGUGGCUGCUAAGAGCAAUUUGAGUGUUUCGCCAUAUGAUGAUCACGGAAGUUACUUCCUCUCUGCAAAUGGUUAUGUAUGGAAUAGACAACUUGCUGAUCCAUAUUAUUCUAAGAUUGAAGGAGCUACCUAUCAAAAAGGAGACGUUCUAGUAUUCACAUUGGAUUGUAAACAACAAUCAUUACAAAUCGCAAAGAGUGGAGUCUUACUGACACUUGUCUCAGUCAAGAAGGAGAAACCAAUUCCUGUCCAAGAACCAGUUGUUGUUGAAACAGCUGUCGAUACAGUACCAGAAAUUAUUGUGAAACCAAGCAAACCUACUACAACAGUUAUUAGAAAGAAGAAAACUAAGCAAUAUAUCACUGUAAAGGAGGUAGCUGCUUGGACUCCAACCUUUGAAGUCAUGCAAAGAUUGUCCCUUCCUUUAGCAAUUUUCAAGGAAAUAUUCGAAAUGGAUUUUCCAUCCAUUGAUGAUUACCAAAUUGGAGAUGUCAUUGUAAGAGUUCAAUUGGAUGGUGAUGUUGUAGAGCUGAAAUUGGGAAAGGAAUUGAUUAAUGAUAAUUAUUCAAAUAUUAAUGCUGGACCAAUGAUUCAAAAUUCGAAUGGACUUUGGGAAUUGUUGCUUCAACAUGGUUUUGAAUUGAAGGAAACUAGAAAUUACAAUUCUUUCCAAGGAUCUAUCUAUCAUGGAAGAUUGAUGGCUGAAAGAGUUUUUGAAAGACGUAUCUAG